AUGGCGAGGCCACCCACAAUGGUGAUCCAGGACGACUACAUCGACAUGGACCUGACCCCGGCGGCCACGCCAGUGCCACCGCCAUCCUCGCCCCGCUUCGAGUUCCAGAGCGCCGGCGCCGGCGACGCCAGGCACAGGGAGGCGGCGUUCGCGUCCCCGGCGGACGAGCUGUUCUACAAGGGCAACUUGCUGCCGCUCCACCUGCCGCCGCGGCUGCAGCUCGUGCAGAGGCUCCUCCAGGACCAGGAGCAGCAGCAACCACCGCUGCGAGGGGUGAAGAGGGACGCGGAGUCGGAUGCCGCGGCGGCGGCGGCGGCAGAGGGCGGAGACGCCGACGCCGCCGGCAAGGUGUGCGCCGCCAAGAAGCCGUCUUGGGCCAAGAAGCUCAAGGUGGUGAAGCGGUGGGCGUCGAGGGAGUACAUCCGGUCGCUCUUCCUGGCCAGGCCGCCGUUGCCGAGCGACAUCGUCGCCGCCGCCGACGGCGGCACCAGCGCCAGCGCCAGUGGGCACGGCAUCGGCAUCGGCAGCGUCAGCGCGAGGGGGAGCGUCCUGGAGCAGGAGGAGGCGUGCCAAUGCCACCACCGCAAGUCCUUCUCCGGCAUCAUCCGGCGAGUGCGCCUCGUGGCGACCAACAACAAGGCGCUCGGGACCUCGCCGCUGUGCUCCUCCUCCUCUUCCUCCUCGUCGUCCACGCCGUCGUGCGGCAACGCCAACGGGUUCUUCUUCCGGACGCCGGCGCCGGCGCCGGCGCUGAAGCGGAGCAGCAGCGCCGGGUCGUCCGAGGAGGGCGCCAUCCAGGGCGCCAUCGCGCACUGCAAGCGCUCCCAGCUGCCGCAGCCCGGGAUGGUGGUCUCGUCGGCGGCGGCGGCGGCGCGGAGGAGCGUCAGCGACGUCAUGUUCUACUCGGUCACCAACACGCCUAGAGCCUCCUCCGUGGCCGCCGGCGAGAUUAUGAGCAAUGUGCUGUGGAUUGCUCCUGUGAUGAUGAGGACGCAAUGUGCUGUGAUUGUUUCCCCACUUCUCUUGAUCUUCUCCGAGUCAAGGAUCUUCUCACUUGAGCUGUUCAUUCAUCCUGGUGAUUCAUUGACGUUCUUUUAUUUCUUUUCCCCAGCUGCAGCUCAUCCUCUGACCUCUGUUGCAUUCUUCUUCUCCACCUCCAUCUCCAUCUCCAUCUCCAUCUCCAAGGCUCUGGUGCUGCUGGUGCUAGUGCUCACUGACUCACAUUGUUGGGGGAGGUAG